CCCUCCAGACCCGGCAGCGCUCACCAACGGGGCCGGCCCCUCGCUCCCGAGCGCACCUUUCCCCGCUCCGCCUGGCACUGCGGGAGGGGAGCGCUGAGCUCCGCGGCCGCCUCCUGCUCUCUGCCCGGCCCAGGGAGCGGCGGGAGCCCAGGCGGCGGCAGCCCCUGGCCCUCAGCUCCCGGCGGGGAGCCGGCCCCUUCCCGCGGGGGGCGGCAGCGCCAACCCUGCCGUGUGACAGCCGGGGGGGGACGCUGCUGCCUCGGGGAGCCCGGCUGCGGCUGCGGCGGCUGCAGCCAUGUGUUUCUCCGCCUGCCCGUGACACAAUAACACGGGAAGCGGCGCGGGGGGGAUCCGAGCCUGCCGAGGGGAAAAGUGACCUGCCCCGCUCAGGCCGGCGGCGAUGGAGGAGGGCAUGAGCAGCAUGCAGCAGAAAGCGGCGGAGCUGGAGCACAUGGCCGAGGUCCUGCUCACCGGCGAGCAGCUCCGGCUCCGACUGCAUGAAGAAAAAGUCAUUAAAGAUCGGCGACACCACCUCAAGACAUACCCGAACUGCUUUGUUGCCAAAGAGCUGAUCGACUGGUUGAUUGACCAUAAGGAGGCCUCUGACCGAGAGACGGCAAUUAAACUGGUGCAGAAAUUACUGGAUCACAGCAUUAUCCACCAUGUCUGUGAUGAGCAUAAGGAAUUCAAGGAUGUCAAACUGUUCUAUCGCUUCCGAAAAGACGAUGGGACGUUUCCCCUGGACAAUGAGGUGAAGGUGUUCAUGAGAGGACAAAGACUGUAUGAAAAGCUGAUGAGUUCUGAAAAUACUCUUCUGCAAGCCAGGGAAGAGGAAGGAGUCAAGUACGAACGGACCUUUGUGGCAUUGGAGUUCAUUGACUGGCUGAUCCAGGAAGGAGAGGCCACGACGCGGACUGAAGCAGAGCAGCUUGGCCGCAGACUUUUGGAGCAUGGGAUUAUACAGCACGGUGAGAAGUUUUUGCCAGUGUCCAACAAGCACCAUUUUAUGGACAGCAACUUGCUUUACCAGUGCAGAAUGAAUUUCCGCCGCCGCCGGCGAUUAAUGGAGCUCCUCACUGAGAAAUCUCGCUUGAUGCCAGAAAGCCACGACAGCCCGUUUUGCCUGCGCAAGCAGAACCAUGACAACAGAAAACACACCAGUUUUCUCUCAGUGAGUCCCACCAAGGAGAUAAAGAUCGUAUCAGCAGUACGGAGAAGCAGCAUGAGUAGCUGUGGCAGCAGUGGGUAUUUCAGCAGUAGCCCAACACUCAGCAGCAGUCCCCCAGUGCUCUGCAACCCCAAAUCUGUCUUAAAGAGACCUGUGACUGCUGAUGAGCUCUUGAUGCCUGGAGCCCCAUAUGUCAGAAAAACCUUUACGAUUGUGGGCGACGCGGUGGGCUGGGGCUUUGUGGUGCGGGGCAGCAAGCCCUGCCACAUCCAGGCUGUGGACCCCAGUGGGCCAGCAGCUGCGGCUGGCAUGAAGGUUUGCCAAUUUGUUGUAUCUGUCAACGGCCUCAACGUUCUCCAUGUGGAUUACAGGACAGUGAGCAACCUCAUUCUGACUGGCCCUCGAACAAUUGUGAUGGAAGUCAUGGAAGAAAUAGAGUCCUGAGAAGGAAAAAAACCUCUUACUGGACAUAGUUGUGAGAGAAACAGUGGCAACCAUGGAGCGGCAUGACACAAGGAGGCAGAACAUUGCUGUGUCUACAUAGAUGAUUUUGCUUUUAGGGGAGGGGGGCUCUCUUUCAUUUAACAAUAAUAGCACUGGUGAUUAUGCUAAGAAGUGAACAAUAGAUACCAGCGUGUUUCCACUUUUUUUUUCCCUAUGGAGACAAGGUUAAGGCCUUUAGGUUGUUUGUCCAGCUAUGUCUGCAUCGGUCACAAUGGUUUCCUACCUGAAGAGGCUGUGCAGAUUUCAUCACAGUCCAUCGCCGGAUCAAAGCACUUGAAGAGAUGAAAGAACCAAACACUGUGGGGUCAAGAUGACACAGAUAGUCUGCAUGACAUUUACAUUGGUAAACAUCAUCCUGGUGUCCAGCUUUGUCCCAGGAGCAUGUGCUGCUGCAAUUUGUCUCUCCUUGGGCUGAGGGACAGCUGACUAAAUGCUAGCUUGAUUGCAAUCAAACAGAAACAAACUGCAAAUGCAUGAAAAUGGGUAUCCAUUCUCUGUAGAGGAUACUCUGAGAUGAAUGUUUGGGCCUGAUCGAAUACGCAGAUUAGUCUAGAAAGAAAAAUUAUGCAAAUGGAAGAGCGUGCGGUACUUUUACAAAAUCUGCCUUUGAAAAUUGGGCUUUUUUUUGUUUAGAUGCUCAUGUAUAAAACGUUGAUUUUGGUUUAUUUCCUUAUCUGUAAAGGAAGGGUGUCUUGGCCUUGCAGUUCACCACUUUGGAGAAAUUUUGGGCACCUUUGUUCCUAGAAGUAGAAUAUUUGGCAGGUUGAAGUGGGAAAUUCACAGGGUUGACAUUAGCAAUGGUACAUCCAUCCAAGUACAUCCAAGAAAGUACACUUCAAAUUGAAGCAAUGUACUUGAAUGUACAUUAAGCUUGUUAGCACUUUCCAAUCAUUGAAUGUUUUGCAAACUACCAACUUGCCAUGAGUUGCAUUUGUCACUAUGACUAAUAAAACAUUGCAUUUAACUGA